CUCUGGCCAGCCGCCCUUCCUUUCUCAACUCCCAUCAUCUCUUGCCUGGCUUCAUCUCACCCGAUACUGUGAUUCUAUCGCUUUGCAUUCGCGCCUCUCUUUUCCUCUGCGUCGGCCUUCUUUCCCUCCAGCUCCCCCCUAACGACGGAGACACAAACAACACCGACAGACACCAUGGCGACAACGCCGCCCCCUUCGACGUUGCGAAUGCCUCCUACGCCCCGACAUGGCGCUGGGUAUGAUCAGUACGAACCAUAUACCACACGGCACUCUGCCAGAUUGGCUAGUCAACGAGCUUCGAGAGAGACCCGUUCCACGCCGCCGCCUCCCAGUUUUCCAUCGCACGCCAACUCGAGACCAAGAAAGACGAGGAAGCAAAAUGAUGAACUCGAGGCAUUGUCUCCGCCACGAUCCAUUUCCGGCUCUCCCCGAAAGUUGGCAUCGGAUCGAGUUGGUGGAUUCACUGCGGCGCAUUCACUGCACGAAGUCCCCGCGGGCUCCGGGCUGGAUAGAUCGGAUCCUUUCAAUACCGCCGAGUCCUCUUCCACCUCCCACCAUUAUCGUCAACCAUCUCGAGCGAUCAUGGCCGAAGGGAUGCUACCCACUCCCGCCAAAACGCCGCGCAAAAAGACCAUUGGCGACGCUGGAUCGACCGCACGAACCCUCUUCCCUCAAUUCCCUCCGCCGAGCUCUACGCGUGGCAAGAAAGGCAAGAAAUCUACCGGCUUUUCUCUCGACAGUUUCAAUGAGGACAACGCGCAAGACGGAUCCCAAAUUCAAAUCUACACCGAUUCUCGUGACCGCAUCCCGGAAGUGGAUGAAAGCGAAGAGAACCCAUUCCACAAGAAGCCCGUCAAAAGCAAUCCCCAUGCGCGGACGUCAAGACGCCGGGAUGGUCGCAUGGAGCGCGAUAAGGAAGUCAACGAAUCCGUCAAACGCCGUGAUGGCAUGGUCUACGUCUUCCGUGGCAAAAAAAUGUUUCGAAAGUUCGAUGAUACGCUUGAUAGCGAGGAAGAAGACGAUGAUGCCGAUGACGAUUUGGGCUUACUUUCGGCUCGCCCCGACCUCAUUGACGCAUCCCAUUCCCCUAGCGUUCGGCCUCUCACUCGCUCGUCCAUCAAGCCUCGUGUGUUAUUCCCCAGUGCCAACGACCGUGCCCCUCGGGAAGAGCCCGUCGAAGACCUGGAUGAAGAAGCGGCCACGGAUAUUGAGGACCAGGCAUUCGCCUCCGAGGUGGCAGAUGAGCUCGACAAUGCCGAUGUUGAUAUGAAUCAGCGACCGAUGACCCCAGAUCUGAACCCCGUUUCGGAUACCCCUUCGUCCCCCGGUGCCACUAUUCGCUCGCUGCGUUCCCGAACCAAGCGAGAAGAUGGCGAGAAAAGCCAAACGCCUACGAUCUCCGAGACCAGGAAAAAGCGAGCGAGUCCAUUCGAUGGUUGGUUGCGCAAAAAGCAAACUCCUGCCGGCGCUGCGGCCAAGCCCAAAAAGCGAGAUGCAGAAACCGCAAACAGCCCUGGUGGCCCAGCUACCAAAAAGACAAGGGGUAACAGAGGUACAAUCGCAUAAUGAGUUGGAUGUGGCAAUUCUGAACCUUCAUGCCGCAACGCGUCAUGAAGCAUGUUACUUUCUUUGGCGGCGUCAAUAUGGGAGUGUCCUGCGUCCUGAAUUUUCUCUCUUUCCAAUGUUCUCGAAAACCGGCGCUUUCGGGAUUCGAUCACAAUAUGCCCGGGUUUUUUUGAUAUGACCUUGCUUUUCAUAUCUUUUGCUCAUCACGAGAAAAUGGCAAAAGAAACGAGUCUUGUCAGAAAGAACCCAUGGAGCAGCGAAGCGCCUGAAAGUGUGUUUAAUCGAGGAAACAUUUAAGUCCAAAUCGUGUCACAAAUCUCAUUCGGAAAUGGCAAUGGCGAUGGAUAACGGUCGGGCUUUCAAUUGGAUUUUGUUCUGUUAACUAGGUUUGACUGGCACAGCAAUGACUGGAUGGCAAGGUCGGAGUUUCUUUCUUUCUUUCUCUUGCGCCUUUUUUUUUUUUUUCGUCAGCGCGUUU